CCAUCUUCUCGGAACUGAUAUUAAUCAUAAUCAAAUGAAAUCUUUUGUUGCAGUGGAAAAGGUAAGAGGAAGUGGGUAAGGAACGUUUAAGAAUUUGGGGAAUAGCUCAGUCGUACUGAGCAAUUGGCAAGGCCAUUACUACAUACAAUCAGAUAAGAAUGUUUCUGUACAGUAGUGACUAUACAAUUAUACCAAUUGCUAUACACGUGUCCCUAAUCUUGUACAACAGAGAAUUAAGUAAAUAUCUGUACAGAAGAAAUAGACUAGGAAUUAUUAAAAACAAGAAUUAUCUGCUUUAACAUAAUCAUACUUUUGGUAUUUCAUUAGAAAUGUUAAUUUACUGAACACAUUUUAUUUUAUUUUUUGUGUGUUCAGCCAAACACUCAAAUAUUCCUCCAAUUGAAUACAAACAGUGAACUGAUUCUCUAUAAUGAUACUUGCCGCAACAUUGUGUGACGGGGUAUUUGUCUUUCUAGCUCUGGAAUCAAAGAUCCAAAUAGAGGACUUAAGGAAGGAGAAUUAUUGGAUAGCAGUUUGGUUUUUUAGUUCUUUAGUAUUUUGGCUUAAGAGUCAUGGAAGAUACAUCAUUGCUGGAGUUGUGUGUAGAAGAAGAUGUUAUCCAUUUAUUAUGUAGUGCUUCGAACUCACCCACCUUGGAAAAGUCCUUAGAGUCGCUUAUAGAAGUUUCCAGAACGGUAGAUGGUCGUGCAGACCUAGCUUCUAGGCGUAUUCUUCCCGUGAUCAUUCAGCUGGUUCGAUCCCUUCCUUAUCCGUUGGGUCAUCAAUUACUGCUUUUGUCAUUAAGGCUCCUAAGAAAUCUUUGUGCGGGUGAGGUUGCGAAUCAGAAUAUAUUUGUUGAACAAAACGGUGUUGGAGCUGUUUUGAAUGUUUUUAGGUCAGCAAGACUUUGUUCCGGGGCAGAUUAUGGUAUCAUCCGAAUUGGAUUGCAAGUACUUGCUAAUGUUUCCUUGGCUGGUGAAGAGCAUCAGCGUGAAAUGUGGCGUCAAUUUUUCCCACAAGAGUUUCUUUCUCUUGCAAGACUCCGGAGUAGGGAGGUUUGUGAUCCAUUGUGCAUGGUCAUAUUUACUUGCUGUGAUGGAAAUCCUGGACUGCUUACUGAGAUCUGCAGUGGCUAUGGGCUGCCCAUUGCGAAGGAAAUUAUAAGCACUACUGCUGCAGAUAUAUUGAAUGAGCGAAUUGAAGAGAUCACGGUUCCAAAUGAGUUCGCUUCGCGCGUUCUUGGAUACUCACUAACAAUUCUAAGAGAUAUCUGUUCCCUAGAGGAUCCGAGAGGCUCUGAGGAGAAACCAGUGGAUGCUGUCAGUAUGCUACUAUCCUCAGGACUUGUUGAACUGCUUUUAAGUUUGCUCCGAGAGCUUGAGCCUCCGGCGAUAAUCAGAAAGGCCAUGAAACGGGGGGAAAACGAAGAGGGAAAUUCAUGCUCAGCAAAGCCCUGCCCUUACAAAGGAUUCAGAAGGGACAUUGUUGCCGUGAUUGGAAAUUGUUCAUAUGGUAGAAAGCAGGUACAAGAUGAGAUAAGACAGAAGAAUGGAAUUCUCUUGCUCUUACAGCAGUGUGUUACCGAUGAGGACAAUCCAUUCUUGAGGGAGUGGGGCAUUUGGUCUGUAAGGAAUUUGUUAGAAGGCAAUGAGGAGAACCAACGAGUUGUGGCUGAACUGGAGCUUCAAGGAUCUGUUAAUACUCCUGAGAUUUUUGAACUCGGUCUCAGAGUAGAGGUAGAUCCAAACUCUCGCAGCGCAAAACUUGUAAACAUCUCUGGAGCAAAAUAGAAUUCAGCAGAGAGGAAGCUCCUUGAUCCUGAAAGGAACAUAUAUAUGUGUAUAUAUAUAUAUAUAUAUUGAUCCUGAAGGGUUUUUAAGUUCAGGUGUCUAGUAAUUUUUAGUUUGGCUAUUUUUGUUGUCCAUGAAUGUUUCCCUUGGACUCCUGAAGACAUCUGUAAUGAUAGAGGCUGAUAAAAUUUUGUCUGAUCUCUGUUCAUAUAAAAUGCGCUCUUGCUACGACUUGAAAAACUCGGUCCAAGAUUUUAUUCUGAAGUGAUAAAGUUAUGAAUGUAUAAAAA